UCUUAUCCUUGGUCUCGCCCCUAGCGGGUGGAUCCUCAAGAGGAGAAGAUUAUAAAAACUCAGCUGCAUUGCUCCGGAGCUCACACGCGCAGCUUUCUCAGUUGGACUUGCUUCCAAACAAAUCACACUUUACUCUUCUACGUUUGGAGUUACUUGACAAGACGGCGUUAAAGAGAACCGAAAAUUGAAGUUGAUGGAAGUUUGCUGAUAUUCCAGGAAAGUUGGAGGUGGUCUCAGACAAAGUUGUCUUAGAGAUGAGUUGGGGGGCUCUGUACACCCAGCUGGGCGGGGUGAACAAACACUCCACCAGUCUGGGGAAGAUCUGGCUGUCUGUCCUCUUCAUCUUCCGUAUCACCAUCCUGGUACUGGCUGCAGAGAGCGUGUGGGGGGACGAGCAGGCUGACUUCACCUGCAACACCCAGCAGCCUGGCUGUAAGAACGUCUGCUACGACCACUUCUUCCCAGUGUCACACAUCCGCCUCUGGUGCCUACAGCUGAUCUUCGUGUCCACACCGGCCCUGCUGGUGGCCAUGCAUGUGGCUUACAGGAAGAGUGGGGACAAGCGGCACAUCAUCGCGGCCUCACGAAGCGGUGGUGAUGACAAGACCAGGCAGGUGGACCUGGAGACCCUAAAGAGGCGGCGUCUGUCCAUCACUGGGCCUCUGUGGUGGACGUACACCUGCAGCCUAUUCUUCCGCCUCAUCUUUGAGGCUGGCUUCAUGUACGCACUGUACUUUGUCUACGACGGAUUCCAGAUGCCUCGUCUGGUGAAGUGUGAGCAAUGGCCCUGCCCCAACAAGGUGGACUGCUUCAUUUCACGACCUACGGAGAAGACCAUAUUCACCAUCUUCAUGGUGGUCUCCUCUGCCAUCUGCAUGGUGCUCAAUGUGGCCGAGCUGGCCUACCUCAUCGCCAAGGCCCUGAUGAGGUGCUCCACCAGGAUUUCCAAGAGCCGUACCUAUGCUCACCCUGAUCAUGUGGCCCCGGACAAGUCUCUACUACAAAAUAAAAAGAAUCAGAUGCUGCUGUCGUCUGUUACGGAUUCCUCCAGCAACAAGACUGUGUGAGGACUAGGGAGUAGAAA